AUGGCCCCACAUUUGGGACACGAGGAGUUCUUCAAAUCUCUUGCCGAACUGCUCUCCAAAACCUCUCAACAAGUCCACGGCUCGGUAAAUCUCACUCAGAAAGCUCUGGUCAAUGUGCCCGGUGCCACUACCACAAACUCCCAACCAUCUAUCCUCAUCCGAGCCACUGAUGGAAACACCAAUACGCCGAACCUCAAGAAUGAAAGCAAGGAAACCAGGAUUGCAAAGAACAAGUCUCAGAAAGUCAAGCUCUCGACUAUCGUCAGUCCUGAUGAUAUUGAGGCGUUUUACGUUCGCUAUGCCGAGGUCUGCAAGACAGGAAUGUCGGGGUUGAAGAAGAGAGAUCGCCGAGCCCGCAAGGCUAAGACCAAGGGUGGAGCUGCUAAGGUCACAAAAGCAUAG